AUGGACGUGGACGUGGACGUGGACGUGGACGUGGACAUGGACGUGGACGUGGACGUGGACGUGGACAUGGACGUGGACGUGGACGUGGGCGUGGAAAUGGACGUGGACAUGGACGUGGACGUGGACGUGGACCGGGACGUGGACAUGGACGUGGACGUGGACAUGGACGUGGACGUGGACUGGACGUGGACGUGGACGUGGACGUGGACGUGGACAUGGAACGUGGACAUGGACGUGGACGUAGACGGGGACGUAGAAAUGGACGUGGACGUGGACGUGGACAUGGACGUGGACGCAACGUGGACGGUGAACGUGGACGCAGACGUGGACGUGGACGUGGACAUGGACGUGGACGUGGACGUGGACGUGGACAUGGACGUGGACGUGGACAUGGACGUGGACGUGGACGUGGACAUGGACGUGGACAUGGACAUGGAGGAGGACGUGGACGUGGACGUGGACGUGGACGUGGACGUGGACGUGGACAAUGGACGUGGACACAUGGACGUGGACGUGGACAUGGACGUGGACGUGGACAUGGACAUGGACGUGGACAUGGACAUGGACAUGGACGUGGACAUGGACAUGGACAUGGACAUGGACAUGGACAUGGACAUGGACGUGGACAUGGACAUGUGGACAUGGCAUGGACGUGGACACGUGGACGUGGACCGUGGACAUGGAUGUGGACGUGGACGUGGACGUGUGGACAUGGACGUGGACGUGGACGUGGACAUGGACGUGGACAUGGACGUGGACAUGGACGUGGACGUGGACAUGGACGUGGACGUGGACAUGGACAUGGACGUGGACAUGGACGUGGACGUGGACGUGGACAUGGACGUGGACGUGGACGUGGACGUGGACAUGGACGUGGACACGUGGACAUGGACGUGGACGUGGACGUCGGACAUGGACGUGGACAUGGACGUGGACAUGGACGUGGACGUGGACAUGGACGUGGACCGUGGACAUGGACAUGGACGUGGACAUGGACGUGGACGUGGACGUGGACGUGGACAUGGGACGUGGACGUGGGACGUGGACGUGGACGUGGACAUGGACGUGGACGUGGACGUGGACAUGGACGUGGACGUAGACAUGGACGUGGACGUGGACAUGGACGUGGACAUGGACGUGGACAUGGACGAGGACGUGGACGUGGACAUGGACGUGGACGUGGACGUGGACGUGGAGGUGGACGUGGAGGUGGACGUGGACGUGGACGUGGACGUGGACGUGGACGUGGUCGUAGACGUGGUCGUGGACGUGGACGUGGACGUGGACGUGGACCUGGACGUUGACGUGGACGUGGACGUAGAAAUGGAGGUGGACGUGGACGUGGACCUGGACGUUGACGUGGACUGUGGACCUGGACACGCGGACCUGGACGUGGACGCGGACGUGGACGCGGACGCGGACGUGGACGCGGACGCGGACGUGGACGCGGACGUGGACGUGGACGUGGACGUGGACGUGGACGUGGACGUGGACGUGGACGUGGACGUGGAGGUGGACGUGGACGUGGACGUGGAAGUGGACGUGGACGUGGACGUGGACCUGGACGUGGACCUGGACGUGGAACUUGACGUGGACGUGGACGUGGACCAGGACGUGGAAGUGGACGUGGACAUGGACGUGGACCUGGACGUGGACCUGGACGUGGACAUGGACGUGGACGUGGACGUGGACAUGGACGUGGACGUGGACGUGGACGUGGACGUAGACAUGGACGUGGACGUGGACGUGCACAUGGACAUGGACGUGGGACGUGGACAAAUGGACGUGGACGUGGACGUGGACGUGGACAUGGACGUAGAAAUGGACGUGGACGUGGACGUGGACGUGGACGUGGACAUGGACGUGGACGUGGACGUAGACAUGGACGUAGAAAUGGACGUUGACGUGGACGUGGACGUGGACGUGGACGUGGACGUGGACGUAGAAAUGGAGGUGGACGUGGACGUGGACCUGGACGUUGACGUGGACGUGGACCUGGACGUUGACGUGCGCGUGGACGUGGACGUGGACGUGGAGGACGUGGACGUGGAGGUGGACGUGGACGUGGACGUGGACGUGGACGUGGACGAGGACGAGGACGUGGACGUGGACGUGGAUGGACGUGGACGUGGACGUGGACGUGGACGUGGUCGUGGUCACGUGGACGUGGACGUGGACGUGGACGUGGACGAGGAGGAGGACGUGGACGUGGACGUGGACGUGGACGUGGACGUGGACGUAGAAAUGGAGGUGGACGUGGACGUGGACCUGGACGUUGACGUGGACGUGGACCUGGACGUUGACGUGCGCGUGGACGUGGACGUGGACGUGGAGGACGUGGACGUGGACGUGGACAUGGACGUGGAUGUGGAGGACAUGGACGUGGACGUGGACGUGGACGUAGAAAUGGACGUGGACGUGGACGUGGACGUUGACGCGGACGUGGACGUGGACGUGGACGUCGACGUGGACGUGGACCUGGACGUUGACGUGGAUCUGGACGAGGACGUGGACGUGGACGUGGAGGACAUGGACGUGGACGUGGACGUGGACGUGGACGUAGAAAUGGACGUGGACGUGGACGUGGACGUGGACCUGGACCUGGACGUUGACGUGCACGUGGACGUGGACAUGGACGUGGACGUGGAGGACAUGGACGUGGACGUGGACGUGGACGUGGACGUGGACGUGGACCUGGACGUUGACGUGCACGGGGACGUGGACCUAGACGUGGACGUGGACGUGGAGGACAUGGACGUGGACGUGGACGUGGACGUGGACGAGGACGAGGACGUGGACGUGGACGUGGACGUGGACGAGGACGUGGACGAGGACGUGGACGUGGACGUGCACGUGGACGUGGACGUGGAUGUGGACGUGGAGGACAUGGACGUGGACGUGGACGUGGACGUUGACGUGGACGUGGACGUGGACGUGGACAUGGACGUGGACGUGGACGUGGACGUGGACGUGGACAUGGACGUGGACCUGGACGUGGACGUGGACGUGGACGUGGACGUGGACGUGGACCUGGACCUGGACCUGGACGUUGACGUGCACGUGGACGUGGACGUGGACGUGGACGUGGACGUGGACGUGGAGGACAUGGACGUGGACGUGGACGUGGACGUUGACGUGGACGUGGACGUCGACGUGGACGAGGAGGAGGACAAGGACGUGGACGUGGACGUGGACGUGGACGUGGACAUGGACGUACACGUGAACGUGGACGUGGACGUGGACAUGGACGUGGACGUGGACGUGGACGUGGACAUGGUCGUGGACGUGGACGUGGACGUGGACGUGGACGUGGACGUGGACGUGGACAUGGACGUGGAGGUGGACGUGGAGAUGUGGGUCGUGGUCGUGGACGUGGACGUGGACGUGGUCAUGGACGUGGAUAUGGACGUGGACGUGGAGGACGUGGACGUGGAGGACGUGGAGGACGUGGACGUGGAGGACGUGGACGUGGACGUGGAGGACGUGGACGUGGACGUGGACGACUUGGACGUUGACAUGGACGUGGACGUGGACGUGGACGUGGACAUGGUCGUGGACGUGGACGUGGACGUGGACAUGGACGUGGACGUGGACGUGGACGUGGAAGUGGACGUGGACGUGGACAUGGAUGUGGACGUGGACGUGGACGUGGACGUGGACGUCGACGUGGAGCUUGCGUGGUCGAGGAGCGUGCCUGGUCCAUGGGCUUGCGUGAUCCAGGAGCUUGCCUGGAGCGUGCCUGAUCUAGGAGCUUGCUUAGACAAGGAGCUUGCCUGA